AUGGAGCUAUUCGACUGGGAAAACCAUGUCGUUAUUACUCUGGUCAUCAUUUUUGUGACCCUAUAUACUAUCUAUGGAGCAAUUUAUCGUUCAUUCCUCAGUCCGUUGAGCAAAUUCCCAGGCCCAAAAAUUGCCGCGUUGACAUCUUGGUAUGAACUCUACUACGACCUUAUCCUCGGUGGCAAGUAUACUUUUAAGCUCAUUGAGCUCCAUAAACAAUACGGGCCUAUCAUUCGCAUUACCCCAUUCGAGCUGCACAUCUCAGAUCCUGAGUUCUACGACGAGGUGUAUGCCAGCAGCGCCAGCAACAGAAAGCGGAACAAAUACCCUCUGUUUUAUGAAUCCUUUGGCAUGGACUACUCCAUGUUCGCAACUAUAGACCACGACUUGCACAAAUACAGGCGGGCUGCCCUCAAUCCAUUCUUUUCACAGCAGAAUGUGAGAAAGCUUCAGCCAGUUAUCCAAGAGCGCGUUUCAACCAUGCUGGAGAGGAUUAGGGAUUUCAAGGAAAGCGAAGAAGUACUCAAUGUUAGCUGGCUCAAUGCAGCGUUUACGAGUGAUGUUGUCAUGCAAUACGCCUUUGCCAGAUCUGAUAAUCGACUCGAACGGCCAGACUUUGACCGCGCCAACCGCGAUGGCUGCUUCUUUGGUUCAACGGCCGCAAACUUCAUGAAGCACGCCCCCUGGCUCAACACCAUUUUCCAAUCCCUCCCCGACCAACUAACCCGCCUCGCCCACCCCCUCCUCGCCGCCUUCCUAGCACAGAGACGCCACAUCCUCAAACAAAUCACCGACAUCAAAACCGGCGCCAACACAUCCAACCAGCACCUCUCCCACGCCACAAUCUUCCAUGAGAUCCUCGACUCCAAACUGCCCGAAGCAGAGAAAACUGUCCGCCGCCUCUCAGAUGAAGCCGAAGUCCUCGUUCUCGCUGGAACCCUCACCACAGCAUGGACUCUGGAUCUAAGCACCUUCUACCUCCUCCGCACUUCCUCCGCCUUACGCAAACUCAAAGCCGAACUCCGCGCAGCGAUCCCGGACCGUAACAAACCCACCCCGCUGGUGACACUGGAACAGCUCCCGUAUCUGAAUGCUGUGAUUAAGGAGUCGCUGCGUCUUACUUAUGGGGUGGCGGGGAGGUUGGCGAGGAUAGCGGAGGAGCCGCUUUUUUUCACAGAUCGCAGGACGGGGAGGGAGUGGGUUAUUCCCAGGGGAACGCCCGUGGGUAUGUCUGUCGCGCAACUGCACCACGACGAGUCUGUCUUUCCCGAUUCCCAUAAAUGGAUCCCGGAGCGCUGGCUCGAUGCGAAUGGCGAGCUGAGUUCGGGGUUGGAUAAGUACCUCCUUAGUUUUACGCGGGGGAGUCGCCAGUGCUUAGGCAUCAAUUUAGGAUGGUCGGAGUUGUAUCUUGUUAUUAGCUCGUUGUGGAUGAGGUUUGGAACUGUGGAGGGGGAGACGGAGGAGGGGGUGCUGUAUGAGGGGGUGAGGGCGGAGGGGGAUGAGGGGUGUUUGGGGUUGUAUGAUACGGGGAUGGGGGAUGUGGUGUUGGAUGGGGAUAGCUUUUUGCCGUUGGUGAGGAAGGGGAGUCAUGGGAUUAGGGUUCAGGUGUUUGAGUAGGGAGGACGAUGGAGUAGAGGAGGUGUGGGAGCGGUGGAAUGGGAGUUUUGCUUGUUUGUGGGGGUUUGGUGACGUGGAGGUGCUUGGAAUGGUGAGGCAGAUACCCCUUGGCCUUGGAGCUGGUUUGAUUUUGG